AUGCUGCGGUGGUUUACUCUGCGGCUUCUGCCACAAAAGGGCUUCAACCUGGAUCCACGUCGUCUGCCUUGCCGGCCGGAAGGCUUGUCUCGCCACGUGCUUCGCCGCGGGAUGCUUCUUGCGGAGUUGGACCGAAUCCCUGACGAUGCCGGCAGCGUGGCGAAAACGAAGGCAAAUGACGUUGUAAACGUGGCGCCAUUAACACCAUCGUUUGCGUCGGCGUCAGCAUCAUCAUCGGCUCCUCACAGUGACGAUUACCUUGUUCCGUCACCGUGUGCUAAAAAACUUGAGGAGGCUUCCAUGGCUCUGGACGCAUCGUUAAAGCGCACCUUUUCCGUUUCAGGUCAUUCAUGUGAGGUUAACGCGGGAGCACCAUUUGCCUCUUUGGACACACUAAGAGCACAGCAAACGGCACUUCGGGCCUUGUUUGCCGACGCAAAACGCCGCAGUAUCCGUAUGCGGAAAGACCGGCGUUGGUUACGAGAGGAGCGGCGUGCUUUUCAGCAGUCACAUGGACAUGCUCCAUCAAAUAAGGAGGUGAGUCCAUUUGUCGAUGUCGAGCUUUCUCCUGUGGCGGCGCUGAAACUAGCAAAACACUUGUCGCAGCAUUCAAGCGCCCGUGAGACGGUGAUUCAGAAUAUUCUUCUCCAGCAAAGUGUUACAAGGAGCCGACUCGUGCAGAGUGGGGAAAAAACCCUGUUUCGAUGCCUUCGCUGCUUUCGUGUGUAUGCUGCGCAUCCUCGAACACUUCUUCGUGACGAGGUGGGACACAGUUGGAUGCAGUAUGAGGCUGAGCGAAAUAAAGUUGGCAUGUCACGGGAGUUGGCACGAUGCCCUCGACUCCGUAAGCGGAAAUACAGCGUUGGACAACAGCGCAAAGCUCUCGCGGAGGACCCACGCUGUUGCCCGUCCUGUGGCAGCCCAAAGGCGCAGUGGUUUAUGGAAUAUGUGCAUCACAGCACCCAUGCAUGA